AUGAAUUCGCGGCCGACUCUAUCGCCUUCUGAUCGUAUCUUCGUCCUGGUUUCGUCCAAGGACUGCUCGGCGGUCUUCGGAAGGCGCGCGGCAACGCCGGGCUUCGGCGGCGGUCGCGCCCCGAGCUUCCACUUCGGCCAGGGUUCCGCCGCGUCGGAGGCGCCCGACGCCUCGCCGCCCGCGCCCUGGUCGUACCUGCCCUACUACGUGGGCGAAGCGGAGAAGGCCCGCGUCCAGGUGCCCUACGUCGUGAGCCUCUCCGCGCUCUGCGUGUACGCCGCCCCGACGAUCAUCUCCAUCCGCCUCGGUACAGACCCCGACGCGGCCUUCUGGAUCGGGAGAGUCGGCCUGGUGGCCUGCCUCGUGCCCGUGUUCCUGGCGCUCAUGCACCUGGUCCACUCGGCGGAGCUGGCCCGGGGCAGGGCCCGGAGGUCCACCGUGAGCAUCACGGCCAUCGUUCCCGGGGUCGUGCUCGCCGUCACGGGGAUCGUGUACUCUGCCGAGUCCGCCUUCUUGCAGUCCCAUCUGAUGUCGGACGACUGCAUCGCGAGGUCGUCCCAGCCGCUGUCGGAGAAGCCGCGCCUGCAGGCGGCCUACGCGCUGGGCCUGAGGGCCUACGCCGCGUGCCAGGAGCGGCACUACGAUGACAACGGCCGCGAAAUGCUGCCACGGUCCCCGCACCCGACGCUGCAGCAGUGCACGCAGUGGAGGACCGCGGACGACAGCCUCGUCCUGGGCGAGGACUUGGUGACCUGGAGGGGAUAUGUGGACGAGCAGACGGUCGCAGAGUGGUUCCUGGGGAGCCUCGGGUUCGACUUGGUGUCCAAGAACUACUGGGCGGACAGGCCCCAGCGGGAGCACACGUACUAUUGGCGCGAGUGGGACUAUUUGGCCCAGGUGGAGGCGGGUGUGCGUUGGGCAUCAUGA